UUUGUGAGUUUGAAUCGAGCGUCCAGCGCUGCUUGUAGGCGCCCAGGCUUCAGGGCUUCAGGUACGUACUGCUGAAGACAUUUGCACAUGUUCGUCCGAGUGCAGUGCGUGGUCCCAGGUCGCUCCUCACUCGCCCCCUUUUCAGCUGCCUCGAAUAGCCCCAGAGCAUAGAGCGGCAUGCCGGUUCACCUUGUCGCGAGCGCCGUGUCCAAAUGGCUGCCGUCGGACAGAAUCGCACCGGCGGCGGCCGCGCUGGCGGCCCUGGCGACGGUCAAAGGCUGGGCAGGUGGUAUUGACUGGCUCGCCAACCUCGAGCCGGAGCGUGGCGGCCCUGGCGAGCGCGACCUGCAUGGGCGUGUCGUCCUGAUUGUCGGAGGGUUUACGCCACUGGGCCUCGUUGUACAAACGCAGCUCGCGGCGCGGGGAGCGCAAAUCAUUGCACUGACCCCCUCGCUCGCCUCACCACGGACGCUGCAGCUCGUGCAGCUGCUGCGCGACAGCACACGCAACGAACUCAUCUACGCAGAACAGUGCGAUGUGUUGGAUCCACACUCGGUCACCUACUUUGCCGAGACGUGGAACAAAGGCCUCACAGAUGCACGCAAGACCAACCCGCUGGGCUCGAGUGGCAGCGGCGCUGGACCUGCAGAGCAAGUCGGGUUGCGCCUGGAUGCGAUCAUCUUUCUGCCUCUGGAUGAGACAGCAUACAGUGCGGGAGAAGGACUGCAGCGCAUCAACGGGUUUGAACUGGCACAUGCCGAGGUCGCCGCACGGUAUCACUUCGUACAGUCCAUGCUUUCUUCCCUACUGCUCCUCCCGCCUGACCGCGACAUUCGCAUCGUCAGCGCCAUCUCACCAUGGCACCCGUCGGGCAUUGCUUCAUUCUCCGCGGAAGACCCUGACUAUUUGCUUGAGAGAAUGACUGUUGAGCACCACUUUCCGCGCUGGCAGCCCUGGUGUGCAUCGGGUGCCGCGGCGCUCCGCUGGCUUGCACUCUCUGUCGAGCUGCAGCGGCGCAUCCAGCUGCUGGCCGAGGCGGACAAACGGCCGCGUGGCCCGCUGCCCGCAGUCGAUAGCCACCUUGCAUCCGUCUCUCUCGCGCAGGAAAGAGAGCGCAUACGCCCCAAAGCAAAUAUUACUGUGCUGAAUGUUUGUCUGGGCUUUGAGCGGAAUCGAGAUGUGCUAUCCUUGCUGCUGCCGCCCCCCGAGCUGACUCCGGUCUAUGCCGGGUUUUCCGCUGCAGAGGAAGGUGACGGGCCAAAGGACGCUGGGCCUGAGACAGCUGAGCUGCUCGCUCGGCAGCUAAGGGCCUCUGUCGAUCCGCGCCAACGCCAGGGCACAAAGCCGCAACAACAAGUCUCACACCGCGACUAUUUUCGGCCACGCUAUUCGAUGGCCUCAGUCGCUCUGCGCUAUACCCUUGCGGUGCUGCUCUGGCCGUUGAUCUGGCUCUUUUGCAAAUCGCCAGGCAAGGCGGCAAGCGGAAUUACGUGGGCGCUCGUGGCGCCGCUCGACCGCGGCAUAAGCCCCUCGGGCAACGCGAGUGCAAGUGCACGAGGGCAAGCCGGCGCGAAGGGUACGCAUGUACGACCUGUCGAGCUCCACCGCGAAGGGUCGCCGCGGCCGGUCGUGCUGCCUGCGUCGGUGCGUGACGAUGAAGGGCAGCGGCGGCUGUGGGAGGGCGAGGAGGCGUUGAUCAAGGCUGCCAUUGCGGGCGACCGGGGCGAAAGUCACAAGGACAACAACAAAGAAACGAAAAAGCGAAAGUAGGCUCUGAGUCUAUGGUAUACUGUAACAUACAUCUUGUA